AGAGCCAAAGUUUGGUUGAUGAACUACUACUCUAUUCCCGACAGCUUUUAAUCCCUUUGUAUGUUGACACGUUUUGGAUUGCCUGGUAUCAUGAACGUAGAUCCCCUAUACACGUCCAUGCUGGUAUCUUCCACCGCUGUCGCAAAAGAGACCCAGAAUCUGUCCUCCUAUUAGACUCAUGUAGCAAACAUAUCUUUUUAUCUUAGUCAGAAAUUUAGUUUUAUUAAUUUGGUGUCGAGCAGGAUUUAUUAACUUAAGCAUAAGUGGUGACAAGUUUUCAUACGACGACCAGGGUGUGUAGCUCCGUACGCUGCCUUCAAGCAAGCCAUCGCGCAUGCGUGCGAUUAAUGGCGGAUAUUUUGAAUGUCAGUAACUUGUUAGUAACCAACAAAAAUAAUUUACGAUGGACGUUGGCUGGAAGAGGGGCAAACUGUCAAUUGGAAGAACAUCUUCAAUUUUGAAAAGAGCUCUUGCUGACAUUGAUAUCAACUCUAAGGAAGAAAAAGAGAAUCAGAAGAGGCGUAGGUCUUCAAAGCGUGUUAGUUUUGCAGAAACCUAUGUUGUCAAAGAGUUUGCUCGUGACUCACCACAGGUUUGCAAAGAUGAACAUUAUGUGGCAGACAGCAGUGGUGAUGUCAUCUCUGUUCCAUUUUCUGGGGAAACUGCCAAUGGCCAGAGGCCUAAUGAUUCCUCAUGGGCACAUGUUGAGUCAGACAGUGUGUUUGUCCCAGAAGAUUCAGAGACAACAUUUAUAAAUGGCAUGAUACACAGCAAAGACUUCCCAUGUGAAUCUACUCGUAUCUUGGACUGCAGUAUUCUGACACCUGCGAUUCAAGUGGCAUCUGACAGCAGACUGCUUUCAUCAGGCACGAGAAUGACUGGCCCUGGAAAUAAAGGUAUAUCAGCUGCUUUUGCUGACUUUGUGCCAAGUCUCAAUAACGAAGGUAUUUCGUCUGACUUUGUGCCCAGUGUCGGCAGUACAUGCAAACAGCAUAACAUUGGUCUUUCAUCAGCUAUGUGUGCUGUGGAGAGGGGAGUCGCCGGGGAUGACAUUGAAACAAGAUUUUGUGAUGGUACUGAACCCAAAAAUAUAUCGACAAAAGGCAGUGGAGACAAUAAGACAAUGAUGUUUGAGGAAGAUUACAUGGAACUUACUAUGGAGACAUCCCAGACAGAAGACAUUUCACCUGUGGCUGGUGGUAAUAUCCCCAAACUGUCUGCUAAAGACUUCUUGACAAGGGUGCUGGGUGUUUCUGCUACCAUGCCUUAUGCUGCUAAGGACAAGACCAUCAUCAGCAAGACAGUGAACAGUAACACUACGGAGAUGGCUUGCAACCUUGUAGAACCAGAGCCUAGAGACAUUGUGGGACUGGUCAGCAGGAGGCCAGCAGGCGGUGAGUACAGGACCAAGCCAAUAGUAAAUGAAGUGACCACUACAGGCAAAGAAGAAACAGUGCUUUUUAGUCAUUCAGACCCAGAGGCUGACAUGGACUUGACUCAGGACAGCUUGAAUAUAUACCCUCCUAUCUCUCUACCUCGUACAAAAGAUUUUGCUGACAAAGUGAAAUCUAUUUCUACAGACAAAGAAGAAACAGUGGUUUUUGGUCAUUCAGACCCAGAGGCUGAGAUGGACUUGACACAAGAAAAUCUGACUAUGAGCCAUUCUCACUACCUGCCUGCACUGUGCAAGCCAUCAGCUAAAGCUUUUCUUUCAGCACUGAAGGGCUCUUCCAGUGAGAGAGAGUCAAAUAUACCUGUUAUAAAUAAGAACCAAGUGGAGAUUGCAUGCAGUCUUUCACCUCAAGAGGGGAGUUCUGGAAAGUGUCUGCAUACUUUGUCUCCAGACACAACAAGCAUCAAUCAUAUGCAUUUGCAAGAUAUAAGGCAAAGGAUAAAUGAAAGAAAUCAAGGGACUAAGCUAGAGAUGAAAGAAGUAACUUUCAUUGGUCAUGCAGAACCAGAAGAUGUAACUUGGGAAUCCCAGGACUGUUUCAGUGAACAGCCAAAGACUGCCCUCUUUAAGCCUAGUGCCAAGACCUUUUUGGCUGCACUUCAAGCUCCUUUGACCAAACCAAUAGCUACACUUGACCAAACACUAUAUACUUGCCUUACUUCAGACUCAUGUAAAACAUCCUCUGAGGAAAGGUCUUUUGUGGUGGUUCCAGAUGGUGCACAACCACCAGUUGACCAGUGGUCUAGUAAUGGGUUAACACUGCUAUCAGUACAACUGCCCUCUCAUGUAGUUUCCAAGACCCUACCCCAUUCCUCCUCUCCUUCUCAUGCCCAGUCCCCAGCUGAAGGUCAGCCAGCUCCACCUAGUGCUGAAGGACAGCCAGCACCACCAAGAGCUGAGGGACAGCCAGCACCACCGAUUGCUGAAGGACAGCCAGCACCACCGAUUGCUGAAGGGCAGCCAGCACUACCUAGAGCUGAGGGACAGCCAGCACCACCAAUUGCUGAAGGACAGCCAGCACCACCAAGUGCUGAGGGACAGCCAGCACUACAGAGAGCUGAGAGACAGCCAGCGCCAAUGAGAGCUGAGGGACAACCAGCCCUACUUAGUGCUGAGGCUGAGGCAUCUAUCAAAGUGGAUCUGCAAUUAGGCACUGACAAUGACAUUUUGGUACCCACUGAACAUUCUCAUUGUUCAAGGAUCAAAGGCUUCCAGGUGGCAUCUUUAGUGUACAAACCCCAGACUAACGUUUCUAAUGCUAGGGUAGGGAGCAGCAUAUCCCAAUAUUGUGUAUCUAGUGCUAGAGAAGAGAGCACAGCAUCCCAGCCUGGUGUGCCUAGUGCUAAGGAAGAGAGCAUUGCACCUCAGUCUACUGUUAGUGCUACAGAAGAUAGUAACAUAUUACUGUCUUUUGUGUCUAAUGACAAAGGAGUGACUAGCACAUACCAGCCUGUUGUGUCAAGUUACAGUAAUGAAAGGAACUUAUCUAUGAUCAAACUGACUAAGUGUGACGAUAGCAAAAGGAUCCUGUGUAGUGGGAUUUUGCCUCUUGCCACCCAGGCUAACAUGCUAGCAGUCAGCAGUGAGUGUAGUGCUGCUGAAAAAAUGCAAAUCACCACCUGUAAGAUGAACACAAACUCACAAGUUGAUUCUUUGCCAAACAUCCACCAGCUUUCUGUGCCUGCUGCUAGAGGCCAGAUCUCUUUAGGAAACUCCAAGCAUGGUCCAGCCUCUCCUGUCAACAAUGCAGCAGUUACAAUGGAACUGACUGAGAAUGUGAUGUGGUCUCAACUCUCUUCACUGCCACAAGCGAACCUCAGUGUAAAUGACAUCACUCCUCAUGUGGAGAACAAGACGCUACUAUUUGAUACAGCUGAGACCAGGGCAGCCAUGAGUUUUACUUGUAAUCUGCCAAUGGCUGCAGACAGUCAAACAGAGAACAAGACACUGCUGUUUGAUGCUGCUGAGACCAAAGGUGCAAUGAGUUUUACUAGUAAUCUGUCAUCUCCUGCACACCUUUUGAUAUCUGAUGUAAAUGAUGCUCAGACUGAGAAUAAAACAGUGCUGUUUGAUCUUGCUGAAACCAGAGCUGCAAUGAGUUUCACAUGUCACCUUUCAGAUAACUCUCGUAUUUCUAGUAGGUCCAUGAAUUUGUCUGCUACUGCAAAUGAAGGUUCCACCGCUUGCAGCAAUCAUGAUGUCACUCUUAAACUGCAGGAGACAAAAGGCAACUUCACAGCAAGUGACAUUGGCAAGUCUGACAGUUUAAUAAUGGAAUCCUGCAGUCAUGCCUCUAAAGCCAGGUCUGGGACAUCAGUGGAGUUACUAGGCACAUUGAAGCUGGCCCAGCUACAUGAAUACUUGCCUCUUGCCCAAUCCCUGUCCUGCACAUUUGUGACAGAUGUCAAUAUUGAGAAGAAGACUAUACAGGCUGCUCAGUUAAGUCCAUCAAGACCUGAUGCCAACAGAUCAGGGAAUAUUCUUGUUGUAAACAGUGUUAUCCAGCCAUUGUCAGAUGUUGGAGACAUAGAUGGACAAACACUUUUAAGAGGUUAUCCAUUGUCACCCAAGAGUGUUAUGCAACAAGAUAUUUCCUGUAUAGGUCAUUCCCACAUACUACAAGACUGCACUUCACCUAAGAAUUCUGUAAUAGAAAGUCCUGGUAUCUCCAUUGUAAUACCCCCAGAAAAAAUAGAAAAAGACACAACACCUGCUUUCCAUAGCAACAGUAUUACCUCAAGGAAGUACUGUGACAUCUUUGCUGAGACCCUGCCAGAUGUGUCACAGCACCAUGGAGAAUUGGAUGCGAGUCAACGGUCAAAUCCAGUGUUGUCUUAUUCGUUGACUGCUGGUCUUCAGAACAAUACAGCAAUGUCAGUUUCUUUGGGUCGCAGCUUUUUGGACAGAAAGGACGUUCCUGGCAGUGUGGAGGAAUUUUGUAGCAGAUUGGGUGUAGAACCUUUUAUAUUACAACACCCUGCAUUGAGACGCUCCAGUAUUGUGAAGUCAGAAGUAAAAUGUGAGACACUGGAAGAAGAACUUAAUAUAGCACUUAUGAUGCAGCCCCAGUGUAUGGCCAGACAAGAACAACUAAAUACUAUAGAAUCAACAACUAAAAGGAUGGCAAAACAAAAGCUAGAACUAGAGAGACAAGUACUUCCUAUCAUACCAGCUCUCAUCAGUGACAGUGAACAGCAGAUGGAGAUCAUCAAACAAGAGGUGCAGGGGCUGCUUGGAGCUUGUCGCAGGCAGACGCAAGCAGCAUGGAAACGCUGCAAGGCUGAGAUGUUUCAUAAGGAAGCUCAGAAAAUAAGGGAGGAGUAUAAGGCUGUGUGCACACAAAUGGAUGACAUGACAUCUUGCACAGAGAUGAUGGUUGACAUGUCAAGGUCCGUUAAGAGAUAUAUUGGCAACAUUCAAGCCCACCUUCAGGGACUUUCAGCUGCUGCAGAACAACCAGCAGACAAAUAUGGGCAGGAGCUGCACGAGCAGCAGCAAUUAUGUCAGACAGACCUAGCAAAGCUCGAGAAACAAUUGAACAAGACUACUGGACUGAUAACAACACUGCAUCAGCAGCUGGAUGAACUGCAGCAUCAAGAAGAGCAGGCUGCUGGACAAGAAUCAGCUAGACUUGAACGAAAACACCAGCUGACUGGCCUAGUGGACAAAAUAUAUAUUCUGCACAAGUUACACACAUGGAGGCCUUUGCACAUGCAAGAGAAUCACAUAAAACUGCUGCUGUUGUAUGACUCUGUUCUACUGAACAUUGUCUUUCAGGAGCAGCCUUCAGUGCAACGGCUGAUCACAUCAAUUUCUGCAACCUCCCGUCUGUCAGAAGGUUCUCAGCCAUGGGCAAUGCUGGCCUCACAUCUUCUGACUGAGACCAUCAGAAUGUCCACUAGACUCCUCAUGUCUGUCGCUCCUUCCUGUCAACACAUGUGGCAGCUGUUAGAAAUGAUAUCAAACAUGACUGAAGAUGCCAAAAGUCUUUGUGAAGAAGUAAAGCUUGCUUCCUUCAGCUAUCUGCUGACUAUAUCAGGCACCAGUAUCAAAGUAGAGCUAUGGAGUGUGAGAAAUGUUUGUAAGGUGUGCCUCACCACACAAAUGCCUGUUGGUCAUUCUCCUGCCAAAGCACUUACCUGGAAAGCAGCAGUCAUCAUGGGAAAUUUCAGUGAAUCAGAAAUUGAAGGAGUUAUACAGAGGGUGCGUGCUGGUCCUUGUCACAUGACCCGUGUGCUCAACGCUGUACAAGCACUGCUUUCUAGCUGAUGAUGCCUUUAUGGGGACCAAGUACUGCAUGUGUGCUGCUAAGGAUACGUCAAAGUGCAUUGAAUAAGUGUCCAGGAUUGUGGACAUGGAUAGAUAUUGUUAAAAAUUGAUAGAUCUUGCCUUACUAAAUUUUGGCCAAGAAAUGCAUGUCACCUGCCUAUUAACACCUAGAAGGAAUUACUUCCAGCUAAGAUUAACUGGUGUCACUCAGCUCGUUAAUUGCAAUUUGUGACAAAUUUCACCUUGACUGUAUUGAACAGAGCUAGAUUGACAUCAAGGACGCAUUUGCUGUUUCUCACUUUUGGGUUAGAGUCAGCUUAAAGCUUGGUGUAUCAUGCAGGAAAAAGGUAUUUAGUGGCCAGAAAUACUGGCAAGAGAAAUUAAUAUGCUUGCUUUGGCAUUAGGUGUAGUCAACACAUAAUCUCCCAAAUAUGCUAUCUUGGCCAGUUAUUGUUGGUCAGUGGGAUCACACUCACCUCUGACAAAUUAAAAAAAUUUCUGUCAAUGUAUUUAUUUUUUUCUCAAAGACCACAAAAAUAGUUUGAUAAAAUCAUGCUAAUAGCAAAGUCCAUAGUAAUGUUUCUUUGUCGGCUAUCACCUUCCUACUUCUUUGUUGUGCCCUAUAUCAUUUAGUCCAAAAUUUAAAAAAAAAAAAAAAAAAAAUUGAUAGGAAUUCAUGACACAAUAUAACCUGGUUUACUUGAAAAGAUAUUGGUAAAACAAUAAAGUUCAACCAUGGCAUGUGCAGAUUUGGCCAAGAUUCAUUGUGGAUUUAACCACAGCAGCCCCCCAACCGUUAGUCGAUUCGAUCGUUGCCUAUAAUAACAUGCAAGAACUCGACCCUAAAAUAAAUGAAUUUGAUCACAUCAUCAUCUAUGCAUCAUCUUGAUGGAACUGCAUAUAUCAAUCUUUCUUUCGUUGUGUGUGUAACGUGCUGUUUUAUAGAAACUGAUUAUUUAUAAAACAAUACAUUAAGAGUAGCUUUCAUUGUGUGUGGCAUGCUGCAUCACAGAAACUUUUUUUUUUUUAAACAAUAUAUUUAAGUGUAACUUGCCUAUAUGUAUGUAUCACAAUAUGCCCAGGAUUUUUUUAAAAGCUGGCACAACUUGGUCAGAAAAUAGCCAGAGGCACAUCUUCACACAUGACAGUGAAAUACAUUCUAAUCCAUCCAAGCAAGUCUUCACAAGCUAUUGACAUGCUGUGUAGUUUGACUAACCAUUUAAGUAAACAGGCCCACUUUGUCAUCAUGAGCCGUACAGCUGUUCCACACAGCUUAUUCUGCUGUCUCUUUUCAUUUGAUCACAAUGGUGACUGGCCUAUAUAUAUCAAGUGACUAAUUUGUAUUGGAAAAUAAAAGGUAGUUUCAUUUUACACUAA